UUUUUCCAUUUGCUGUUUGAGAUGGGAGUGUAUGCUACAGAUUUGUCAGGGUACGAAGCUUGUUACCGAGUGUUUUUAAUGGCCUAUGAUCGCAGCUAACCCGGCACCGUCCUCGAUGCGACCCAUUCUGAAGAAGAGAGCAUGGUCGCUUUGUUAUGGAACUUCGGGAGCUGCACUUCGGAACGGGCGCAGCGAUCCCCCAUCAGCCAUGUUCACCUGAAGCAGCUACUCGGUGACAAGCGUUCGCCCCAUGAUUGACUCGUGAACACCGACUCUGACGGUCACAGCGCCCGGGAAGAUGCCCAAAUGCAAGUCGAAGACGAGAUUUAUACCGGCGACGUGUGCCUGGACGCUGCUGCUCACGGCGACGACGUUGUUUUUCGUGUUCCCCUGUCCGGAGUUGACAUCUCGAUACCACUACAGCAUACCCAUCGUGCAGGGGUUUGUGACGUUUUUUGUACUUGUCAACUUCUCACUGGCCACAUUCAUGGACCCCGGCAUCAUCCCAAAAGACAAGCCGUACAAGGAGAAGGACGACGACUUCCGGUUCCCGUUGUACAAGAAUGUGGAGAUAAACGGCAUCACGGUGCGCAUGAAGUGGUGCACCACGUGCCAGUUCUACCGUCCCCCCCGUUGUUCGCACUGCAGCGUCUGCAACAGCUGCAUUGAGACGUUUGACCAUCACUGCCCCUGGGUGAACAACUGCAUUGGCCGGAGGAACUACCGCUACUUCUUUCUCUUCCUCAUCUUCCUGAGCACGCACAUGAUAUCCAUCUUUGCCUUUAGCCUGGUCUACGUCCUGGACAACAGCCAGCGCCUCAACAGCCACCACUGCAUCAUUACAAUGGUCAUCAUAGUUAUCUGCACCAUCCUGUUCAUCCCCAUCUUGGGCCUCACGGGAUUUCAUGUAGUCCUAGUCUCCCGGGGCCGAACCACAAACGAGCAGGUGACUGGCAAGUUUCGGGGUGGCUACAACCCUUUCUCCAGGGGCUGCUGGAACAACAUCUGCUAUGCCAUAUGUGGACCCCAGUACCCAAGCUACGCUGGACGCAAGAAGAGGGUGAAGAAAGCAAUAGCCACCCCUCCUUGUUCCAACGUCUUGAAGAAGAACGACAACCAGGUGAAGAUUUACACGGACAACAACACGUCCAACGUGCGCAGUCCCGUGGGCAACGCCUACAACAAGAUGUCGCAGGGACCGGUCGAGGCGUCCGACCUCGACCUGGACACGUAUGAGGCGACACAGUCCCGCGACUGUGAGCCCUCUCCACCGCUGCCGCCCCCGCACCACGGCUCCAAGACCAACUUCUUCAGCCCCACGGGCACAGGCUACCCAGGAGAGGGCACACCGCGCCAGCCGCCCCAGCAACAGCCCAACCACCUGCACAAUGGCCGGAACCACCACGGCAUCCCCUUGCAGGGCCUGGCGGGGCCCCGUACGCCGCCGCCCCGCAGCCUCACCAGCCCCACGGUGGGCUCGCCCACGUCCCGGCGCCACCUUCCCUCACCUGGCACGGCACACAGGGGCAUCGGCUUUGUCGCGGCCGCCGUCGCGUCGGCAGCCAACGCCCGCAAGUUUGCCUCGGAGAGCGAGCUGGACCAGGCCAACGGCAACUACCCGGUGCAACCGCCGCCGCCGCACCCCGACUCGGUCAACCGGACGGUGCUCGGCGGAGGCCAGUGGCAGCGGCCGGGCUCGCGGGGCGACGUGCGGAGUUCGAACCCGGGGACGCCUGUCGCCUGCCAGGGCCCGCUGGCGCGGAGGCCGAGCGGGGGCGCAUUGCCGCUCCAGCCACAGAAGGCAGCGGAGGUGCACGCAGGUAGGGUGCCGGCGCGGAGGCCCAUGUCCUUCGUGAAGGCGCUGGAGAUGUCGGACUCGCUGGAGAAGGGUGCGGCGCCACCCACGGCGACGGGCCGGCACCAGCCGCCGGGGAGGCUCACCGAUCCGGGGGGCACCGGAGCAACUGCAGAGCGGCGUAGCGUGUACGACAUGAACUACGAGAUUUCGGUCUAGUGACCGGCAAAGGCGCUUGUGACGGAGUGCGGGCAUUCUGCGUCGUCCCGGACACGCGACGACAGCGGCGGCGGGAAUGGGUGCUCCGUUUCUGUCGGGCGCAAAUGCGGCGUAGCUGCGACUGGUGAUGUUUGUGUGUCUUUGCGUGCCUGCCCCGCUUUUAAUCGCCGCGUUUGACUCGGUUUUAGGCAAGUGCGCUGCGUGGCCUCUGUCGUUGGCGCGGGCAACGCGCUCGUCGUGUGGAGGCCGGAUUGCUCUCUUUUUUUAGCCGCGCAUUUCCGACCUUCCCGAACCUGCGUCUUUCGGUUUGCCCGGUUGAUCUGUCGGGAUGGAAUUUGACUUCUUGAUUUACGACAUUUUCAUUAUUUAUUUGCGUUACGUGCCUAACCCUGUCGAGCGGUCCGUACGAAAAGCGGUUUUGUUAUUAUUUUACGCGGGAUGCUUGGAAACGGAGCACUACUGCUUAGCCUGCAGUUAGCGGCAGUUAUUUUUUUGUGCGAGUGUACAGAGUGGCUGUCGAAGAAAGGCCGGUUUGUGGAACACUAACUCGAGGCGGUUUUCUACUUGAGAUUUUCUGGGCCGUUUCUUCUACCAAUGUAUUUAAAACACUAAUGCUGUACAUACGUGUGAAUAAUGGGGCCGUAAACUUGACAGAUCGCUGUCUUGGGAUCCGGUUGGAGUCAUUUCUCAGUGCUGGGUGUACCUUUUCACGUUGCUUGCAUUAUCAAAAGGGGAAAACCGAAGAGCUUUGUGCAAUAGGUGCAGCUGUGGCAGAAUCCUGCAUUCUUCUGUCCCAUAGUAUUACUUUUAAUUUGUCCAAGUGCCAAUCCUAGGUGUGACAUUUAUCCCGACACCGUUCAUCGCACUCUCCCUUUCUCUCCAGCACAGGAGGGGCUUUACGAUGCUGCACGUUUGGAAAUUUCAUAUCAGUCUGUCUAUUGGCUGGCAGAGCAACAACUAACAUGCGAGAUCUUGUACAUUAGAAACUCUGUGGGAGCAUUAAGAUUUGACUGACUUAAUUCUGAAUUUCUUCGAUUUGUGUGUUUGUUCACUUGUUUGUAGAUUUUUAAAAUGCUUCGAAAGAGUGGCAUUGUGCUGUCACCGCAUAGCGAAGCGACAUUGUUGCCAACUUGUACCACAAGGCUGAACUUGUUGCAUCCCUUGCUAGCGGGGCUUGCAAAAAAAAAAAAGAAAGAAAAAGGUAGCAACAUCUGACGGGUUUCUAGCGACGUGCUUCUUUUACUGUAUGAAUUGUUUGUCAUUUUAGUUUGUUGCUGAAUAAAUUGAACUAGCCAUACCUUCAUGAAAAUGCAGGAGCAUUCUCAGGUAAGGUGUUGCCAGUGAAGCGUUUUAAUGGUAUCAAUUGACCAAAAGUGUGAAUGCGUGUGUGGUGAAGUGAAGCCCAGAACACUACGCAUUGGAGCAUUACAUUCUUGUAUAUAGCUUUGUUCACCAAUGCAGAUUAUUUGAACAACAAUUGUGUCUUUUAGUUUUUGUAAUGUGCACGUUAUAUUUUGUUCUGUAACCAGCUGUAUGUCAAACUAGGUUAAGUAAUUUAAUUUGUUGCAUCUUUUUUUCUUUAAUAACUGAGAAAAAAAAAAAAAGUAGACACUGACUGUUGCUGUAUUUGUGCCAGCCACUCCUUCUGAUUUGUUUCAUCGAUAGUGAAACUAUCGCUACACUCUUCUGAAAAUUGUGUAAAAAUAUAGGAAGAAAAGUUUUACUUCGGUCUUUAUGCUGCAAGUAAGAGCGUCAUUUCUUCCAGGAAUAAAAAAAAAACAGCAACACGCAUGUUUACAACAGCCACAAUGCAUAUAUCCACUGGUACACAUGCACAACUACCGCAAGCACUGUGUACUAGCCUAGAACAGUACAAGCUUUUUCAUUCGCAUCACACGCACCCUGUUGCUGACACAUUUUACGUGCUAUUUCUGGUCCACAUAAUUCAUACUCGCCUAAAUUGUGUUCUGUGGAGGUUAGCUGCUUCGAAGCAACACCACAAAAUUGUCAAGACAUCGUGUCUUUUUUACUCAUUCUCACAACCGCAGUGUGCGCUCAAGGUUCAUCUUCAAAGAGUGAGGCUCAUCCAGGGCCGUUCUGGCUACACGAGAUGUUUUGAAGAACGGAAUGGUGGUCCCAAAAUCACAAAUUGUUUGCAUUGCUUCGGCGGGCAAGCAUAUGCUCCUGCAUGCAUAUGUUUGCGUGUGGCAUCAAACAGGCACUGGAACAUUGUAUGUUAAUAAAGAGAGCUAUGAUGGUGGUUA